AUGCCUCGAAACAUGCAAACUUCCCGUCGCGCCGGUGACAUCGACCUCGACGAGGAGGAGGUUGUCCAAUACAUGCUUGAGAGACGGCGUGAUUUUGUCGGCCCCUAUGAUGAAGAGUCCUCCUGGCGUGAGGGACUAAGGCAGGGACUACGGCGGGGAGCAGACCUUGAGCACGCCGCGGUCGAUUUCCCCAACCAGUCCACCGGCGAAAGCAUGAAGGCUGUUACCAGCGCGACAACCGUGACCAGCGCAGAGGCCAUGAGCAGCACCAGCGAGCUCUGCCUCUACCUCAUGGACACCUGCGACGCACACUGCCACAAGUCUUGCACCUCGUGCAAGCCGCGAUGGUCCACCCUGCCCAGCCCCGAGGCCGAGAAGGCGCACAUUGCAAAGAUGGAGAGCGAGAACGGCAUUGUCAAGCGGAUCGACCCCAAGGACGACAACGAGACCGUCCGGGUGGACGUCCAGAACAAGCAAAUGAAGGGCAUACUGACCAAAGUCUUUGACGGAUACCCGGGUUUUCAUGCCUCGCUUUUGCCCGAGAACAGCGCCUGGGUCUUCAACGAGCCCUUUGACAUAUUCGUCGGCCGCUGGGAUCAGCUCCGGGAGUACAGGUUGCAGACUCCAUUUGCCGCGGAGAAGGCCGCUUGGGUCGCGCUCGUUGCGGCUAUGACCCCCGUCGUCCAACCUACCCUGGAUUCGAUCAAGCGAAUCAGGGACACGGGUCUGGUCCUUUGGAAAGACCUUCACUUGAUCUUCCCGCCUGGUAAGCUGAUCCUCGUCGAGGAGCCUGGCGCGGUCCAAUCCGUCGUCCGUGUGCAGGAAGGAACCCUCUUCUUCGACCCAAAACUUCAUCAGCAAGUUCAUAGACUCAAGUUCGAGUACAUUGACUGGGACGGCGAGACGUACGGGCUGCGCACCAAAACGCUCGACAUCCCGGAGUACGCCGGUCACAAGAACAUCAGGGUGUCGGACUUGAAGACUGUGCCUCUUGACUUCUGUCCUUCGGAGGAAGAGCUCCGCACCAAGCUGAUUGCGCGCGGCCGGCGUUGGACCUCCAUGAAGGAUGUCGACUACAAGCAGUUUGCAGGCAAGAAGGUCCCAAUCAGUACUCGAGUCCCCGUAGAGGCGAAUGGAAGAAUCAUGACCGAUACCGCGGCUUUCUAUGACAACAAUCCAAACAAGUGGUGGCAGAAACCUACCUUGCAGUCAUUGGCGGCGGAACCUGAUGUCGAUGAUAUGGGAGACAGCACCCAGUCUACCCAAUUGUCUGACGACCAGUGCUUGCUGGCAUCAGGAGUAGUUUGUGGUUUCGAUUUGAAGUUCAAAGACUGGUGCCUCUUUCCUGUGGAUGGAAUCCGCGAUAUCACAUUUAACAACCUCGCAUACGACAAGCUUGUGCUGCCGCCCGGCGAGAAGAAGAUGGCUUGGGCAUUUGUCGAGAGCAAGAACCUUCUGCUAGAUGCAUCCGACUCUGACCGCGGUACGGCAUUUGAUGACUUUGUGACGGACAAGGGAAAGGGCCUAGUGAUGCUCCUGUGCGGCUCCCCUGGCGUUGGAAAGACCUACACAGCGGAGGCGAUUGCCGAAAUGGCCAAGGUGCCUCUCUACAUGAUAAGUGCAGGCGAGCUGGGCUCGGUCUCGAGCCAAGUGGAGGAGGCUCUAGACAAAGCGCUUGGCCUCUGCCGGCGUUGGAAGGCCAUGUUGCUUCUGGACGAGGCCGAUGUGUUCCUUGGUAAGAGGUUCAGUGGCGGGAACACGAGCAUCGAGCGCAACGAGCUGGUUUCGAUCUUCCUGCGCCGUCUCGAGUAUUAUCAGGGUACCAUGUUCCUUACGACCAACAAGAUCGAGAACAUCGACGACGCUUUUCAGUCCCGCAUUGAUAUCAUCCUGCCCUAUGGCGACCUCACCGACGAGGCCCGUCUGCAGGUUUGGGUCAAUUUCAUCAACAAGUCGGGCGGGACAGAGGCCUUCGACCUCACCGAGCAGCAGGUCCAGCAACUCGCUCGGGAUUUCAAUCUCAACGGUCGAGAGAUCAAAAACCUGGUCAAGAGCUCGCUGCUUGUUGCUGGCAAGUUCGGCGACCCGGGCGUCUCCAGCACCUCAUCGGCUGUUGGAAGUGAGACGAACGACAAGACUGCAGCAGUCAAGGAUCCCGCUCCGGCAAAGGUGACGAUGGCGAUCUUAGAGACGCUUGCUGCGAUGCGCAUCCGAGCUCACAAGCUGAUGGGAAAGACCGAAGAUGACGGCGGUGUUGGACUUUAG